ACUUGCAAAUGUUUUCCUUAUGAGGUGCGGUGUUGAGUUACAGCCCGGAGCAGAGAACUGGGAGGAGAAGAGAAGCCACAAGCCCAGCCUGCCCACCCCACUCCCCCACAGACACCUUGUGUGGGCUUCUAGAAGGUGAAUUUGGGCUCAGAGGGAUCGGUGGAGCUGGGGGUGGGGCUGGACCACUGCCCCCAGGGUGGGUGACAGGAGUCCAGCACACAGCAGGAUUAAGCCGGCUGGAGGAGAAGGCACUGAUGCUCCUGAAAUGCCACGCAGGCAGAGGCUGACAGGCAGCUGGAGCUGAGCUCCCCUUGACUGCUAUUUCCUGUUGUGUCGAACAGGCUGGGUGCUCUCUGGCAAAGUUGACUCUGCCCUUCCUGAUACUUCAGCCCCUCUAUUCUAAAGGUAAGCAAGCUUGGAUGCAGGGCAGACUGCGAGGAAGCCCUCUGUACCAUGAACAAGAUCCGAAAGUUUUUCCGAGGAAGUGGGCGCUUCCUGAUGUUUAUAUUUGUAGCUUCUGUCAUCUGGCUGCUCUUUGACAUGGCAGCUCUCCGCCUCUCAUUCAGAGAUAUCAACAAGGAGGACAUCUUAAGGAGGGGAUGGAAGGGACUCAGAGCUGGGCCAGACCACAGCAUCAAGGACAUGAAACCCCCCAUGAAGAGAUCCGGGAAGGUCCUGUGGGCCCAGGAGAACUGGAGAAAGACUGAAGGUGCUGAUUUGGACAAAUUCCAGAAGAAGAAUAAAAUCCACAAGAUCCCAGAAAGGGGCAAGGCUGCACAUCUGCAGGAUUCUGCACCUCAGCAGAUCCCCCCCAUGACUCUUAUUAGGGAAGAGAAAGAAGGACGACACAUGGGAACUGAGCCCUCCUCUCACACCAUGACACCAAGGCACAGGCCAGCCCUGCAGAUUCAGGAAACUCUGUCUGUAGCAACAAGAGGGAUGCCAUUUGUCAAAAUCCCCGCAUCCACUGGAUCUAGAGCUAUACGUCAGGAAGGCCUAAAGAGUCCCGGUCUCAACAGGGAUACUUCAAAACAGGCAUUGGGAAGGGACCUGGAUGAAGCCACUAGUUUUCCUGCUGACAAGCCUACCAGACCACUGGUGUCAGCAUCUAGAGAAGCCUUAAAUGAUACUGAGAGCCAGAGCAAAAUGUUGAAUGCAAAGGAAAAUGAAGUCCAUAGGAACCUUCCCUUCUCCCAGGUCAUAGGAAAUUCAGUUCAGGUAAAGAAGCAGUCUGAUGGCACCCCACUGGAAGACUUUCCAGCGAAGGAGCAGGGAACCCAAGUAGGUGGUGGGCAGGAACUCAGUUUCUCUGACAGUCAUGUUGUUGUUAUAACCAAAGAAGAGGAAAAGACAAGCACCAAAGAAGUCCCUGCUACUGAAAGCAAAGCUUUGUUUUCUCUAGUGCUGGAUGAAGAUCAAAGAAAACAGAUUCCCAGGAACAGGAAUGAUACUCAUUUCUCUCUUCUUGCUCUGCAGAGAGCAGCAGUGUCUCAGAUCAACCAGACCCUCUCUGGGGCACCAGAGCCAGCCAGAGCCAAGUUAACUGCCAAGUUCCAGUCUGUACAACACAGCCAACAUAAAGUAAAAAUCCCUCAGCCAGAAGACCCUGGGAUGCACCGUGUGCUACAAAUUGAUGUGACAGUUUCUCCAAGGGACCCCAAAGCUCCUGGCCAGUUUGGACGCCCUGUUGUUGUUCCCCUUGGAAAAGAGAAGGAGGCAGAAAGGAGAUGGAAAGAAGGCAACUUCAAUGUCUACCUUAGUGACUUGAUCCCCGUGGACAGGGCCAUUGAAGACACAAGACCUGCUGGGUGUGAGGAGCAACUGGUUCAUGAUAGCCUCCCGACCACCAGUGUCAUCAUGUGCUUUGUGGAUGAGGUGUGGUCCACUCUGCUGAGGUCUGUGCACAGUGUCCUCAACCGCUCUCCUCCAAACCUCAUCAAAGAGAUCCUUCUGGUAGAUGACUUCAGUACCAAAGACUACUUAAAAGAUAAACUGGACAAAUACAUGGCUCAGUUCCCCAAAGUUCGGAUUCUCCGCCUCAGAGAGAGACACGGCUUAAUAAGAGCCAGGCUGGCAGGAGCAGAGCAAGCAACAGGUGACGUGCUGACCUUCUUAGACUCUCAUGUGGAAUGCAACAUCGGUUGGUUGGAACCUCUUUUGGAAAGAGUUUAUUUAAGUAAAAAUAAAGUGGCCUGCCCAGUAAUCGAAGUCAUCAGUGACAAGGACAUGAGCUACAUGACUGUGGACAACUUUCAAAGAGGCAUCUUUGUAUGGCCCAUGAACUUCGCUUGGAGAACAAUUCCUCCAGAUGUUGUUGCCAAGAAUAGAAUUAAAGAAACUGAUAUAAUAAGAUGUCCUGUAAUGGCGGGUGGAUUGUUUUCUAUAGACAAAAAUUACUUUUUUGAACUUGGAACAUAUGACCAUGGGCUUGACGUUUGGGGCGGAGAAAACAUGGAACUCUCAUUCAAGGUGUGGAUGUGCGGUGGUGAGAUUGAAAUCAUCCCCUGCUCCCGCGUGGGCCACAUCUUCAGGAACGACAAUCCCUACUCCUUCCCCAGAGAUCGGAUGAGGACGGUGGAACGGAACUUGGUGCGGGUUGCGGAGGUCUGGCUGGACGAGUACAAGGACUUGUUUUAUGGCCACGGUGACCACCUCAUGGACCAGGAGCUGCAGGUGGGGGACCUCAGCCAGCAGCGGGAGCUGAGGAAGAAGCUAAGGUGCAAAAGCUUCAAGUGGUAUUUGGAGCACGUCUUCCCAGACCUGAAGGCACCUGCCGUGAGAGCCACUGGUGUGCUUAUUAAUGUGGAGCUGGGUAAAUGCAUCUCUAUUGAAAACGCCACAGCAGCUCUGGAAGAAUGUGAUAGAAGCAAGCAGCUUCAACAGUUUAAUUACACCUGGUUAAGACUUAUUAAACACAGAGAAAGCUGCUUAGCUCCCAUACCUGAUAAUGGGACCCUGGAGCUGCACCCCUGUGAUAACAGAAACAAAGGGAUAAAAUGGCUACAUAAGUCAACAUCUGUCUUCCAUCCAGAGCUGGUAAAUCACAUUGUUUUUGAAAACUAUCAUCAGUUGUUAUGCUUGGAAGGAAAUCUUUCUCAGAAGAUCCUGAAAGUUGUUGCUUGUGACCCAAUGAAAUCUAAUCAAAAAUGGAGAUUUGAAAACUAUUAUGAAGCCUGAAAAGGAGAUUGUGUUUGCAUUUAAUAACCCAUUAAAUGCCAUGAGACUGGCCAUGA